AUGAUGGCCGAGGCCAUCCGGGCAAGGGAGGACGAGAUCAAGGCCGAGCAGGAAGACCUCGCGCGGUCGGUGCGCGAGGCCUUCGCAACACGCAUCACCGACGAGCAGAGGGACCGGCUCCGCUCGAUGCUGGACGCUGUGGAGCCCCCCGAGAGGCGGGUGUCGCGAUCCUCCGUUUUUCUGCGCGCCGGCGACCUCGAACCGCAGGCCGACCAGCCCACCUUCUGCGCCGACCCGUGGGGCAACCCGCAGGAGGCGCAGGCCCCGGCCUCGGCCGGCCGGCCGCCGCGGCGGCCGCCCCACAAGUUCAGCGAGGACCGCGAGUCGCGGCAGCGCGAGGAGCUCUGCCUGGCCGUCAGGCACCAAGGGCCGGAGCCGGAGGCGUUCGAGGCGUUCGAGGUGCCCCUGGCCGCCGCCGGCCCCAUGCGGCAGGUGCGGAUCUGCGUCGCUGGGCUGCUGGCGUUGGCGGCGCUGCGGUGCUGCGGCGCGAGCGUGUACGGCUCGCCCACGGGGAUGAUGUGGACUGCGGACAUGCUCAGCAUGGCGGCGGACGGGAUCGCCAUCAUCGGGGCGCUGCCAGUAUUCAUGAACAAAUUGAUUGGCACCUGCGUGCAUAACAGGUGCCUGGGCUCCCUGCUGACGCUGCUGCUCACGGCCACCGUCUGCGACGCGGGCGCCGCGGUGAUGUUCCUCAGCUCCGAAGGCGACGCCUGGCGGCUGAUGUGGCAGCGCGCAGUGCACGAGGGCGCGCCAAAGGCGGUCGCCUUCAUCGGCGUACGGGAGUGCUUCCUGAUCUCCUCGAUCUCCUUAGAGUUGGCGCUGUGCGCCUCGGCCUGGCACUUCUACCGGGCCUUCCGGGAGGCGGGCGCGUACCCGCCCAACAUCGCGAGCGUCCGCGUGCCUAGGGACGUCUCCCCCCUCGAGUUCCUCUGCGAGGCCGAGGACGUGGCCCUGCUGAGCGACCACUGCGAGGCGUGCCGGCGGGACGGCCCCGAGCCGCUCGAGGAUGCUCCGAAGUCCUGGGACCGGGCCGCGGACGGCGAAGGCGAGCGCCAUGGUGGCUAUGGUUAUCCAGGCAUCGGGGGCCACUUCUUCGCGGACGGCCGCGACAAGGGCUACGUCCCGCUGCAGUACCGGGACCAGGAGCUGGACCGCCUGUGA